AGCAUUCGUCGGUUGUCGGGAGAUCUUGAUGACGGGUCUGGUUCCCCCCGGUCGCCAUCGUCAUCAUGCUUCGUUCAAUCCCGCAUGGGUUGUCUGCUGGUCAGACCCGACCGACGAGAUCGACCCGAUCGACUGAUCAAUUUCGCCGGGAGAUGCCCGGUACUGGGUCGCUUUCGCAAUGGGACAAAGGUCGCAUCUAUGAGGAAUGGCUGCAUGCGGGACGACCCCACAAUAUGGUUUGCUCGGAAUGCCGCACGCCCGGUAAUCUAUUGUUGUGCGAGACAUGCUGUCGAUCGUACCAUGCAUCCUGUCUUCCGGCAGAGAUCAUGUCUCCGGGGUCCCCGUUGUUCUGCCCGUCCUGUAAAGAGAGGCAAUGGGAUCAAGAUCCUCCGCGGUUUGACCCGCCGGAGGUAUCGUCUAAUGUCUCCCCUGCCAGUACGCCCAGUGGGGUGGGACUCAGCAAAGGAGCAAGUCCAUCUAGUCGAACCCCGAGUGCCUCGAUGAAGUGGCCGGGAACACAGAGGAGCCUACAAUCCUCCCCGGAAUCGGAACGCACUCCUGGGAUUCCAUCCCCGGGGGCCUUUCGGGCUCGGGAUUUCCUGGUUGGAUAUGGUGGCUUUCCCGCCGACCAGGACUUUAGACCCGAGCUCCUGAUGAAAUUAGAAUCCAUGAUGACGGAUCUCGAGAGCCAGUCUUCCCUGCAGCAGGAGGCGUACGAGCUCCGCCAGGAGAAUGCUGCUCUGCGAAGCCAGGUCACCCAUCUGAGAUCCUCGGCUGGCGCCCAGCCCCCGUCGCGGGAGCCGAUCGUCAACCCCGCCAUCUCGCACAUCCCACCUAUUCUACCCCGAUCCACGCCAGAUACGAGUGGAAAAUCCUGGGACCGAAUCGUAACAGAAUUCUUCUAAGCUCGGAAUCUCCCCGCAAUGUCCGGGCUGGAUCGCGUCGGCGGAUUCAUAGGAACGGAGAAGGAAAAUCUUAGGCCCGACGUGCCGGGAAUGCGCCUGACUGGGAUGUUGACAAAAGUCAACAAAUGAUACCCAUGCAGACACGGUCAGAAAGAGGGGGCGGAACUCAUCCGACCCUACUAAAGGUGUUACACCCCCGACAACACCAACCAUAAAUCCUGGUGGGACGCAUCGCCUUGCCCGGCUUCCUCACUUGUUGAAUCCUCAUGCC